AUGAAUACUACGCCGAGCUCAAAAGAUAUCAUUAUGAACGUCGACGGCAUGUCACCACAAACUCUAGAGGACGAGAUUUGCGGUUACCUUCGAAUCGUGGCAAAGCUCAGGAGACAACUCAACACAUUCGCGCCGAUCUCUCGUCUUCCCCCAGAAGUCCUGGCGCAGGUCUUCAUCCAUCAUAUCGAUCAGAGCUUGAAUACCCUCAGAAUUGAGAACUUCUACAAGUGGGUACAGAUUACGCAUGUCUGCUCGCACUGGCGGAUUGUGGCGCUCGCAUUCCCGCGAGUCUGGAGUUGCAUAUGGAUCCCCAUUAGCCUAACAUGGAUGAACGAAAUGAUAACGCGUUCCAAAAGUGUCCCCUUAUCCAUCAACGCCGUAUAUCUUUCCUUUGGCGCUGAAGCGGAUAGAGCUGAGCUUAAUUGCGUGGCUUCCGAGCUUAUGGGACGUCUUCAGUCUCUCAAGCUUCGCUCAAGUCCUUACAUGCAUCAGAAAUUUUGGGAACAAGUCAAAGAACCUGCCCCAUUGCUACAGAGCUUGAUCCUAAUUAAUGAAGCAGAUUAUGGUGGUUCUGAUGCCUCGAACGCACUGAACUUGCCGAUCUUGCUAACCCCCAAUCGCGCCCCCCAGCUUCACAAGCUUGAAGUCCACAACUAUCCCAAUUGCUGGGAGAACAUUUCAUACCUUGGCUCGCUCCGCGAUCUCGUUCUCUGCAAUGAAGACAAUGAACCGGAUACAAUCUUAACCACGAUACCGAUGGCUCAACUCUUCAGCGAGCUGGAGAAGCUUCCUAGAUUGGAAAGUCUCACUCUCGAUCGUGCUUUCCAUCUGACCACUCCGGACAUACUUGCCAAAUCAUAUUCACUCCCCCAUAUCCAUUCUCUCUCACUCGGGGGUGAUCUGUCAGAGUGCACGGAGGCGCUGAGCCACCUGACUCUCCCACCUGGCGUCUCUUUCAAGCUAUCGAUCCAUACAUCCGGUGGAAAUGUCCAGAAAUUCGCACAGGUGGUGGCUGAGAAGAUAAAUCCGCUUGCAGCGAAGCCGCUGGGGGUUCUAUGCGUCCAUGAAACGAACGAUGACCUACAUAUUCGGGCUUACAGUCGCGAGAAGCAGCAGUUGGCAGAACACAUCCGAAACGCAACUACACCGAGUGAUCCUGUCAAUACUCACGAAUGGGAAUGGUCAGAGCGGCAGCAGUGCGUACUCGACUUGACAAUUUCCGGCCACGCAAACAUGCCGGGCAUGGUACUUUGCGUAUGCAAAACCCUGCCGAUCUUGGAAAUAUCAUUCUUGUUCUUGUCGGGCCACGUUGUAGAGAACGACGAAGUUUGGCUGGAAGCGUUUGGAAGACUGGAAAGGCUUACCAUUUUAUGGGUACAUGCAGAUUGGAGGCGCACCGCCAGUGCAUUGCCAGAGCCACUAUUGGGUCGGAUGGUUAGCCACACGGACGAACCGGGAACUCCGUACUACUUCCCGAAGCUCCGAGUCCUCAAACUGGACGGAGUCUAUUUCCAAAGCCUCCAAGAGCAUUGUGACGAGAUACGCGGCACGUUUUUUGAAUCACUCCUGAAUGGCCUAGCAACGCGAUCAAGGCGAGGAUGUCCGGUCCCUUCGCUCAUCUUGAGAAAGUGCAUCAACCUAUUGGAGGACGAUGUGAACGAGCUCAGCCAAUAUGUGAAAAAACUUAGCUGGGAUAAAUUAGAACAGUUCGAUGAUGAUCAUGACUACGCCAGUUCCUACUAG